AUGGCAGGUGCUCGUAUCUCAGCCAACCUGCCCCCUGAUAUAGAUCCCACAAAAGCUCCUAUUGCAUUUGGAAAGAGGGCCCUUCCCAAACUGACUGAGGAGUUACGGUCUCCUGAGCUGGUGACUCAGCAGCAGGCAUUGAUGGCGCUCUGCGAUCUGGUCCAUGACCCAGAAAAUGUCUACCAGGCAAUAGAAAUAGGAGUCCUGCAUAACCUGAAGAUUUUGCUGGUACAUCAUGACAGUACUGUCCGACAAAAAACAACACAAAUCCUCUAUACAAUGGCUAUGCAUAAUGUUGGCAGGCAAGGGUUGAUACAAAAUGGAGUAAUUUCUGCCCUCACUGAGCUCUUGGAUGAUCCAGUAGAUAUCUGUCGGAAGAACAUGCAUCAGAUUUUUGACAUGAUGGCAAAAUUACCUGAAGGGAGAAUACUUGGCCAAAAUAUAGAAAAUGCUUUACAUGAAUAA